CGCUCGUGACGCUAGCUUGCGCUCGUCUUCAGUCGUGUUGGAAACAGAAAUGCGGACAGACGUCCUGAUCAGAAGACAGAAGAUCGAUUGCUAUCAACACUGAUUAACCGACAGAGAUCAAUGAUGGCGAGCGAGUCCGUGAGUGUGCUCUUCAAGAUCUACUGCCUGGCUGUCAUGACCCUGAUCGCUGCCGCAUACACGGUGGCUCUCAGAUACACCAGGACCGUGUCCUCGAGCCUGUACUUCUCCACCACCGCCGUGUGCCUGACGGAGCUCAUCAAGCUGCUGCUGAGCCUGGGGAUGCUGCUCAGGGAGACGGGAGACUUGGGCCGGUUCAGAAGCGCAGUGGUCAGCCACAUUUUCAAGAGUCCCAAGGAGCUGCUGAAGCUGAGCGUGCCGUCGGUCGUCUACGCCAUCCAGAACAACAUGGCCUUCGUGGCCUUAAGCAACCUGGAUGCCGCUGUCUACCAGGUGACGUAUCAGCUGAAGAUCCCCUGUACAGCCCUGUGUACAGUGCUGAUGCUCGGCCGCUCUCUGAGCCGGCUGCAGUGGUUUUCAGUCUUCAUGCUGUGUGGAGGAGUCACACUGGUGCAGUGGAUGCCGCCGCAGUCCACCAGAGUCCAGGUGGAGCAGAACCCGUUCCUGGGCUUCAUGGCGAUCGCCGUGGCGGUGCUCUGCUCUGGGUUUGCAGGUGUGUACUUCGAGAAGGUCCUGAAGAGUUCAGACACGUCUCUGUGGGUGCGAAACAUCCAGAUGUACCUGUCAGGAAUCGUGGUGACCCUCAUAGGUGUCUUCAUGACAGACGGUGCUCAAGUCUUGGAGAAAGGCUUCUUCUAUGGAUACACGCCAUGGGUCUGCUUAGUCAUCUUUUUGGCCAGCGUGGGAGGAAUGUACACGUCUGUGGUGGUGAAAUACACCGAUAACAUCAUGAAGGGCUUCUCUGCGGCCGCUGCCAUCGUCCUGUCCACCGUGGCGUCCGUCGUUCUCUUCGGCCUGCAGAUCACGGCGACGUUCCUCGGCGGAGCUCUGCUGGUGUGUGUGUCCAUCUACCUGUACGGACUGCCCAAACAAGACACCAGCAGAGUGCAGAAGCCCAGCACAGACGGAGAGGACACGCAGAAACUCAUCACAGUCUGAUGCGACGCAUCUGCUGCUGGACAUGAACGGACUACACUACAGCAGGAGCGAGGAUAGGUGUUUGGAGUGAAGGAGGGUGGCAGUGGGCUGUGGGAAGGACUGGAACACUUUGGUUUUAUGUUGUUUUUCUCUCUGUAUAAUUUCAUUUAUAGGUCUUGAUGCAGAUAUACUGAUGCCACAACACUACACUGAAUGUACUAGGGCUGUCAAAAAAA